CAUGCGCGCCGGGGGCGGUGGCCGGGCCGGCUCCGAGGUGCGCAUGGGAGGCGCGGGGGCGGCCGGCGUUGGCGGCGGCCCUUUGCUGCUGGAUCCCGUCGCCAACUCGAGCGAGCCGCACUGCGCCAACGUCUCCAGCGUCCACUACAGCCUCGACAUGCUGCUGGGCACCUGGUACGUGGUCGAGGUCAUCUCGCCGGUGUCUGUGGGCACGGUGUGCGACGGCUUCCAGCUGACCAAGCUGAACGUGAGCCGAGCCUGGGAGGACCUGGAGGCGGAGGCGGUCAUCAUGAGCCGCUUCGGGAGGCUGCCCGGAGGCCCCACCAUCUACUUCAACCGCACCAUGCUGGUGGGAGGCGGCGCGGGGGCGUCCAGCGACGGCCAGCACGAGGAGGCCAGGGGCCCCAUGCUGUACGACCAGCUGGCGGUGACCGACUACUCGCCGGGCGGCCGCUACCUCAGCAUCACGGCCUGCCACGAGGGACAGCACUGGACGUACGUGUACGGCCGCCAGCCCGCCCCCGCCGCCCCCGAGGAAAUUCGGGCGCUGCACGCGCGCCUCGCCGCCGCCGGGGUGUCCGUCUCCGCCUCUGGCACCAACACCACCACCACCACCACACCCACCGCCCCCACAGCCUCCACCACCUCCGUCGUAGACGACUCCGAGAACGACGCCUCCGGUUCCGGCAGGGGAGGGCAGGCGGCAGCGGCGGCCACGGAGACGCCGACGUCGACAGCACACGACCGGACGCCGCCUCCCUGGUGGCCCGGCCUCACGACGCCCACGCCGGCGCCGCUGCCCGUGUUCAACAUCACCGAGUGCGGGUGGUAGAUGUCCUGAAGACGUCGCUGUGGGCGAAACGUUCGUUGUGUGCCCAAUGUCCUCGAGAACUGUUGUACUUAACCAAAAUGGGUCUGAGUUGGAAGGCGGCCCAACUUUGAGCCGGUUUUAGCAUCUCCAUUCACAAAAGACUGGCAACCGAUGAAAUUUAUUAUGUUUUCCACCUUACACUGAGUAACACCGGAUGGUAAUAACUUCUUUCUUUAAGACUGAACAAGAUCGUGCUUCAGUUA